AUGGAUGUGACAUGAUAUGAUAUGCGAAAUAUCAUCAUGUCAUGUGUGGGUGGCAUGGCAUGGCUCUCUUAUUUUCUUUAUUUAAGAGCUAGACACACUAUAAAGAGAAGCAAUGACACCAAUUCUCAUUCCCCCUCACUUUUGGGUUCAAACUUAAUUAUUGCUGACUCUCCUUAUUCUUAAUUCCCUUGCACACAACACAACGCACUGUCUCAAAUGGAAACUCAACACCAACAACCCUCCAUCAAGUCUAGGUUCAGACGCAUCUGUGUUUACUGUGGUAGCAGCCCUGGCAAAAGCCCCAGUUACCAGCUCGCUGCUGUUCAACUCGGAAAACAACUGGUGGAGAGGAAGAUUGACUUGGUUUAUGGAGGAGGAAGCAUAGGGUUAAUGGGUCUAAUCUCACAAGUUGUGUAUGAUGGUGGACGCCACGUGUUAGGGGUUAUUCCAAAGACACUUAAUGCGAGAGAGAUCACUGGAGAGAGUGUUGGAGAAGUGAAGGCUGUAUCAGGCAUGCACCAACGUAAGGCCGAAAUGGCCCGACAAGCCGAUGCAUUUAUUGCACUGCCAGGUGGAUAUGGCACCCUUGAAGAACUAUUGGAAAUUAUCACCUGGGCUCAGCUAGGUAUCCAUGAUAAACCGGUGGGGUUGUUGAACGUGGAUGGGUACUACAACUCGCUGUUGGCGUUCAUGGACAAAGCUGUGGACGAAGGCUUCGUAACACCAGCUGCCCGUCACAUUAUUGUUUCUGCCCAAACUGCCCAAGACCUCAUGUGCAAACUUGAGGAAUAUGUCCCCGAGCACUGUGGCGUGGCCCCCAAGCUAAGUUGGGAGAUGGAGCAACAGUUAGUUAACACUGCAAAGUCAGAUAUUUCUCGUUGACUAUAUAUUAAUCUUCUACAACCACACUAAUGCACACCAUCAAGAACCCUAGGUUUAGUCUAAAUUCUAAAAGUAUAACCUCGACGACCUCAACCAAAAAACAUCUAGUUGUAAGCUCCACAGAAUAGUCGUUUUUACUUUAGCUGUGGAGGAUCUCAUCAUUUGUAAUUUCUUUACCCCUUGUUGCCUAAGGUUCAAGUUUCUUUAUUUUUUUUUCUUUUUCUUUCUUGAUUGGCUUUCACAGCGCUGAGACUAUGUAUUUUAAUUUCUUAGUCAAUUACGAACUAAUUGUGCAUUAGAAUUUGACCUAUCCAAGAUAUAUAUAAAUACCAUCCAUGCAUUUUCUAUCG